CAUUCCAUUCUUUCUGCAUAACCAGAAACCUUCCUCUUCCACAGGACUUGACCUUUUCUUGGCUUCUGUCAGAAUCCUUCUCUUGGUUUUGUUGUCAUGGAAGGUGGUUUGUGUUUGCUUGGUGGUGGUGGUGGUUCGUCUGGAGUUUCCACAAAUGAGUCAGGUGUAUCAUCUGAGGCAACUUCAUACCCAGCUGAGAGUGAGUUGGAGUUGGGUCUGGGGCUGAGCCUUGGUGGUGGUGGUGGUGGUGGAGGAGGCGGGGCUGGCAAGACUAAGACUGGCACUGCAUGGGGUGAGUGUGGUAGGAUUUUGACCGCCCAGGAUUUUCCUUCUGUUGUCUCUCAGAGGGCUAAUGGCGGUUCCUCCUCUGCUGCUCCCGUCUCCGGGACAAAGAGAGCCGCUGACUCUGUUACACAUGAGGGUGGAUCUCCUACUGCUGUCAGUCAAGUUGUGGGAUGGCCACCCAUCAGGGCUUAUAGGAUGAACAGUUUAAAGGCUCCAAGAGCAGAGGAGGAGAAGGCAGUGGAUGAAAAAGAUAAAUCCAAGGAAGCUUUGAAAAAGAAAAUUUGUAAUGUUAACAAAACCAGUGGUGCUGUUAAUGAAAAAGGGCAUCUAGGGUUUGUUAAGGUGAACAUGGAUGGAGUUACAAUAGGAAGGAAGGUAGAUCUGAACGCUCAUGCUUGCUAUGAGACUCUGGCCCAAGCACUUGAAGACAUGUUUUUCCGGCCCCCUUCAGCCGUCAACUUGACUGAAAAAGAAGGAGCUAAGCAGUCAAAACUCUUAAAUGGCUCAUCAGAAUUUGUUCUGACUUACGAAGAUAAAGAGGGUGACUGGAUGCUUGUUGGAGAUGUUCCUUGGGGGAUGUUUCUCAGCUCAGUUAGAAGACUUCGAAUCAUGAGGACCUCUGAGGCUAAUGGACUUGCUCCAGGACUCCAUGACAGGAAUAAUAGACAAAGAAACAAGCCUAUAUGAGCAUCAUUCCCAUCUCUACAUUUAAAUUGCAGAAAUAUGAAAGAAACUUCGAAUUUCAAAACAGAAGCAAAAGGAUAGCAAAGAAGUUGAUGUUCUGAUAAUGGUUUUUCUCAGUGGUUUUUUGGUUUUGUUAGGCCACAUUCAUUUUAGUGUUUUUCUCUUAUAUAGUGAGAUCAUACAAGUAUGCAAACACGACAGGAUGUUGUUUUGUCAUACUGUAAAUAUGGGAGUAAGUCGAUAUCUAGAGUGUUGUUGACGAGUGUUGCUCGAAUCAAACAGCUCUGUUUUACUUUUGUGACAGAAGAAAAUGCAUGGUGUGAUUCUGAUGUUUAAACAUUACCUCAUUCUCUGUUUUCGCUGGUUGGCCUCAUCUUCUAUGUUAUACUUGAAUGGAUGCUUUUAUGUUGUUUGCGGCUUUUCUGAAAGAGAAAAAAAGGAAAAAAGAUGUAAUAUGAAU